AGUUCCUCCCAGCGAAACCGACGCCUUCCAGCAAGACGUCGCUGAUAUUCCGGGUGUUGUUAUUACGAUGAUUAUGCGCGUGUACCACAUCACUGCGUUCCCUGCAGAUCCGCCUGCGACCCAGUCUUUUCCGGCAGGAGUCCUCUAACCGUACGUCCAUGAUGGAGUAUGGGGAGUAGGCGGUGGAAUCGCAUGGGGAAUGGACACAGUGGACUGGUUAGACUGGAUUGAAGUCUACCUUACUUAGUUGGAGCCUUCUGUUACAUGACGUCAUGAACUGACGUCACGAGCUCCUAUAUAAGUACCAGGUUUUGUCGGUAUCCUCCCUUUCUCCCUCAACACAAACAUGCGAUUCAGGUCUUCAGUCUAUGUUAUUCUUGUCAUUGGUUCGGCAUACGCAUCGAGCUGGUUUGGCUCUGACCCCGAAUACGACAAAUGGUCCCAUUCCGAGUUACGUUCCUGGCUUGAAGACCAUCACAUCAAGGUCCCCUCUCAUUUUGAUCAAUCCCAGCUUCAUGACCUCGUAGCAGUAAACUGGGCUUCUCCUACCCCUACACCCCCAUCUUUUGCUGAACAGUCUAGUACCUACGCUGACGCAAGCAGGCAAUGGAGCUAUGAUAAAUAUACUCAUGCCCAGCACGCAUUCCAGGACUUGAAAGAAGAUUCUUUCGACAUCUGGGACGAGAGCAAAUUGAGAGCGUUUCUGCUCGAGCAUGGCGUGGUAGCGCCUUCUGGACCCCGCGAACAGCUUGUUUUGCUUGCCAAACACAAAUAUCGUUCCUAUACCGAUGCUGCGUCAUAUUACUCUUCCCUUGCGUCUGAAACCGCCACUUCGGCAUACUCCGAUGCUACGGAUACGUUAUAUGACGCAUCUAAAAGCGCGAGCAGCAUUGUAGCUCAGGCUACCCAGAAUGUUGGUCGCGCUUUCGACGACGGCAAGGAUUACAUCCACUCAACUUGGGAUGAUAAUCGUCUCAGAUCUUGGCUCGAAGAUCAUGGAGUAGUUGAGGCUAGAAAGGCUAGCACCCAUACCGAGCUCACAAAGCUCGCUAACAACUACUGUCGUACGGCUGUGGAGCCAGUAUGGAACGCCUGGAGCGACUCGUAUUUGCGCGAAUGGCUGAUCUCGCACAACCUUCUUUCACCCUCCGAUACCGCAUCGCGCUCCACCUUGCUUGGAGAGAUGAAGAAGUAUUAUUACUCCUCACACGACAAGGUUUGGAGUACUUGGUCUGAUAGCGAAUUAAAGGUUUGGCUCGUCGAGCAUGGUCUCCUCAAGAGUGACGCACAAAAGAAGCGUGAUGAACUGGUGAAGAUGGUUGAGGACAACUACGCUUCUGCCUCAGACAGCGUAUGGGACGCUUGGAAUGACUCAGACAUUCGUCGAUGGCUUUCUGAACACGGAUACACUGAUGAUAGAACCGUUGCGCAGAAAAAGCGUGAUGAGUUGGUGAGCUUGAUCAACAAACAAUAUAACGACGUUUCCGCGCGCACUGCUGCAUAUCUCUUGUGGCCGGACGCUCGCUUACGUGCUUACCUUCGCGAGUGUGGUGUCAACGAAGCUGCACUCCCCACGAAUAGGCCCGGGUUAUUGCAGGAGACUCGCAUCCGCUGGGUCCAGACAUCUAAACGUGCUGAGACAAUCUUCACAAAGCUAAAGGAGAUUGUCGACAGUAGCGUAGGCGCAGUGGAGGAUAGAUUGGCCAGAAUACUCGAGCUCCUGAGUGGCCAUUCGCUCCAUACUUCCGAGAAGGCUGGUGAUGCCCGUGCUUACGCGGAGGACAAGAAGGAUAGCGCGUGGCAUUGGUGCUCUCAGAAGGGCGAUGAUGCAAAAGGCAAGGGUGGCGAAUAUGCUGAGUGUGCUAAGAGGAGGGCACAGGAGGAGUUUGAUGAGAAGGUGAAAGGUGCUGGUGAAAGUAUCAAACGGGGCGGGGAGAAGAUAAAAAGUGCUGGCGAUGAGCUCUAGACGGAAAUCAAGUGAAGUAUGCAUACAGUGUCAAAUCGUCGAGGAAGUACCUAUGUAGUAAUGUUGUAACAUCGUGCACUAUUGUAAUAAACUCC